AUGGACGACCUGUUCAGUCCGAGAAGGAGCCUGAACAGCACGCAGGGGGAGAUCAGAGUGGGAUCAAGUCAUCAGGCUAAGCUCCCUGAGCUGCAACCACGCCCUGUGUUUGGUGUUCAGACUCAGACAGAGAAUGAAGAGCUGGUGUGGAUGCCAGGGGUCAAUGAUUGUGACCUCCUCAUGUACCUCAGAGCUGCCAGGAGCAUGGCAGCGUUUGCAGGGAUGUGUGACGGAGGAUCCACAGAGGACGGGUGUUUGGCGGCCUCUCGUGACGACACCACACUCAACGCUUUAAACAUGUUACACGCCAGCCGUUACGACGCAGCUAAAGCUCUCCAGCGCCUAGUGAAGAAACCUGUGCCCAAACUCAUUGAGAAAUGUUGGUCAGAAGAUGAUGUGAAGCGGUUCAUCAAAGGUUUGAGACAGUACGGCAAGAAUUUCUUCAGGAUUCGCAAAGAGCUGCUGCCCAACAAGAAAACGGGGGAGUUGAUCACAUUCUACUAUCACUGGAAGAAGACGCCUGAGGCUGCAGGCACGCGGCCGUACCGUCAGCACCGUAGACAGCCGUCCUCACGCAAGGCCAAGACUCGCGCCACUGCUGCCACUGUGAACACACCUUCCCAGUCCCAAUCCAUGGACAUAAGUUCAGCCAGUGAGGAUGACCUGGACAGUGAAGACAGCGAGCAAGGCACCUGUGGACACUGUGCCACAACCACCUCUAAGGACUGGCAGCACGGAGGCCGGGAUAACAUCCUCCUGUGUACCACCUGUCGUACCUACUACAACAAACAUGGCCGCCUGCCGCCUGGCCCUAAGCCUGCUGACCCUCCCUUCAUGUUCAAACCUGUCAAAGAGGAAGAGGAGGGCAACGGGAAGCAUGGCAUGAGGACGCGACGCAGCAGAACACCGUUGUCUUCAUUAAGAAGUGGCCACCAGAGGCUGACCGGCUCUCCUACCAGUGAAGACCAGCAGUCCAGUAGCCAUCCCUCUCCCGCCCCCAGUGGAGCUAGCUCCACCUCCAACGUAUCCAGAACCUCCUGUUUAGAGAAGACUGAUAACACAAAGAAGCCUGGCAAGAAGAUAAAGGAAGAGGCGCCCCUACCAAAGAGUACUAAACGUUCCAGGGAGAGUGCAGCCCAGGACCCAGAGGAGCCUGAGAGAACACCAACUAAAAGGACGAAGACAUUGCAGGGUGAACAGGCAGAGUGCCGGUCGGAGGGCGAUGGAGAGGCUGAGGCAGAGGGGGGUGAGGUGGAGGAGGAGAGCUGCUCAGACAGCCGCAGUGCCCAGGACGACGGCAGCAGCGACACCAAAGACAUCGACCAGGACAACCGCUCCUCCUCCCCCAGCAUCCCCAGCCCUCGCCAGGGCAACGAGAGUGACUCCGACUCCUCUGCCCAGCACCUCCAGGGUGCCCACCAGGCAGCAGCAGAGUCCGUCAGUGCCCCUGCUGCUGCCCUGGCUGAAACACAGACCACACAGAUUGUUCCUCCACCACAGGUUGCAGGCUCAAACACAUCCCUGCCUCCCCAGGGUACCUCUCCCUCUGCAGAGCCUGGCCAGGUACAGGCCCAGGCAACCCCCUCCCCAGAGCCUCCCCAGCCUUCAGCCACCUCUGCUCAGGCUGGUCAGUCAGUUAGCUAUCAGACAAAUCCCCUACACAAACGACCCCUAUCCCCCUCCUCUCACCCUCUCGCUGGCCCCUCACUCGUCCCUUCUCCACUGGGACAGGCCUUCCAUCCUCCAACUCCUGUAUUCCAGGGUCCUCUUCCUUCUCCUGGCUCUCUGCCUCCCACCCAGCCCCUGUCCCUCCAUGGUGCUCCCACCCAGUGCCCCCACCCCCAGCGACCCCCUCCUCACUUUCCCAGGGAACCCUUCUUCCCGCAGGCCCUCCCCCYCACCUCCGGGCCCCAAAUCAAACCACCCCCMACCACACCCAUCCCYCCAUCUCACAAGCAGCCACCACACCUCUCUUCUUCCCUUGCUCCCCCUUUCCCGCAGAUGCCGUCCAACCUGCCCCCUCCUCCAGCACUGAAGCCCCUCAACUCCCUGCCCAACCAGCACCCUCCCGGUGCCCCUCCACCCCCCCUCCAGCUCAUGCCCCAGUCCCUGCCCAUGCAGCAGGGACUCCCACCCCAGCUUCCCGUGCUCACGCAGCUGCAGAACCUCCCUGGCAGAGGCAGCCACUCCCACCCCCACUCCUCCCMCCCCCMCUCCUCCCUGCCCUCCUGCUCUGCCCCCUCAGCCUUGCACCCUGUCCUCUCUGCCUCUUCUCCCUCUACCAUGGGUCCAGUCCCUAGUCUCCAGCCCUCCUUCCCCUCCCUGCGCCCCUCGCCCGGAAACCCCAUUGUCAUUGGAGGGUCACAUGUCCAGAUUAAAGAGGAGCCAUUGGAUGAAUGUGAGGAGCUUGAGAGUCCGCCCCCUCCACCCAGAAGUCCCUCACCGGAACCUUUGGUUGUCAACAUCGCCAGUCAUGCCAGCCAAUCAGCACGGUUUUUCAAACACCUGGACCGUGGCUACAACUCGUGCUCCAGAACAGACCUGUUCUUCACUCCCCUGGCCUCAUCCAAGCUGGCCAAGAAGAGAGAGGAGGCUGUGGAGAGAUCCAAGAGAGAGGCUGAGCACAAUGCCCGAGAGAGGGAGAAGGACAGGGAGAGGGAACGAGAGAGGCAGGAAGACAAAAAUGCUAGAGCGUCCAGCUCGUCCCACGACAGCCGUAUGAGUGAUGUACAAAUGUCCGGCCAGGUCCAUAUGCGCUCCUCCUUCGAGCAGCCCCCCACCAGUGUGGCCGCUGUGCCCCCUUACAUCGGCCCCGACACCCCGGCCCUGCGCACCCUCAGUGAGUACGCCCGACCCCACGUCAUGUCCCCCACCAAUCGCAACCACCCCUUCUUCGUGUCCCUGUCCCCCGGGGACCCUCUGCUGGCAUACCACAUGCCUGGCCUGUACGCCGCCGAGCCCAGCCUGAGAGAGAGGGAGCUCCGUAACCUCCGGGAGAGGGAGCUCCGCGAGAGGAUGAAGCCUGGCUUCGAGGUCAAGCCCCCGGAGAUGGAGACCAUGCAUCCAUCAGCCAACCCCAUGGAGCACUUUGCCAGACAUGGAGCCCUGGCCCUGCCGCACAUCGCUGGGCCACCCCACCACCCCUUUGGCCACUUCCACCCGGUCAUGCAGAACCACCUGGAGAGGGAGAGGCAGGCACUGGCCCUGGCCGGGCCCCAGAUGCGUCCGGAGCUGAGCUACGCUGAGCGACUGACUGCUGAGAGGCUCCAUGCUGAGAGGAUGGCAUCGGUGGCUAACGACCCGGCCGCCAGGCUGCAGAUGCUCAACGUCACACCGCAUCACCACCAGCACUCCCACAUCCACUCACACCUGCACCUACAUCAGCAGGACCCACUCAACCAAGGUAAUGGGCCCCACCCUCUGGAUCCCCUGGCUCCUGGGCCCCGUCUGGCCCGCUUCCCCUUCCCUGGAGGCCCCAUCCCCAACCCUCUGCUCAACGACCUGCCCCACGACCAUGACAUGUUGCGACACCCACUGUUUGGAGCAGGUUACCCCCGUGAGCUCCAGGGGCCCAUCCCCCAGAUGUCUGCAGCCCACCAGCUCCAGGCAAUGCACGCCCAGUCAGCAGAGUUGCAGAGGCUGGCCAUGGAGCAGCAGUGGCUACACGGACACCACCACCUACAACACGGGGGGCCUCUGCCCGGACAGGAGGAUUACUACAGGUGA